AUGUCCAAAACUUCGUCUGUACUCCCAAGGAACAGGCUGUCGGCUCUAGACAAAGCAAAAAUGCUAGUUAUUCUUUUGCCUGCCCCUGCCUUGAUUACUUGGGCCCUUAUAAAAUCUCAGUUCACAGAGGACGGAAAAGCCAAAAGCUGGAAGCGGGUUGCCAUUGACCGAGUCUCCCUCCGAGCACUUUACAAUAUGAACAGACGACAGAUUCGGGCCUUCUUUGGAGAAACUCAAGACACCUACGCCGCUUUUAUCAAAGCUGAAAAAGCAACCCCGAUAACCGAAGAGAUCGGUGAAAAUGCAAAAUUAUUAUGGAUUGGACCUAAAAGAACAGACCGUAUUAUUUUAUAUCUUCAUGGCGGUGCAUUCCUCUGGGGAAUGAUGGCUUCGACCCCAAAAUUUCUGAUCUACCUUCAAGAGGAACUCGAGAAGAAGAAAAAGCCCACAGGCGUAGCUAUUUUGAACUACACCCUUGUCCCAGAUGCGACAUUUCCAACUCAGUUAAAACAGGUUAUCGCUGCUGUACAACAUCUCGUUAACUCUGGAGUACACCCUCAAAAUAUACAACUUGUGGGGGAUUCGGCUGGAGGGAUAAUCUUCCAUCAAUUGUUAUCGCACAUUCUUCAUCCAGUGGAUGGUGUCCCUACACUGACGUUCUCGUCUCCCCUUGGUGGCGCAUACAUAAUGUCCCCUUGGACCCUGCUCACGGAUGAGCCCGUUGCCCAUACGAAUGAGGGCAGAGACGAUAUCCUCGGCGUGCGUACCGGACUGUAUUGGGGAAGCAAAGUCCUAGAAGGGCUUCCAGAAUCAGCUACUCCCUAUGUGAACCCCCUUUCUGCACCAGACGACUGGCUAGAUGGAUGUAACGACUUGGUCAAGCGAGUGUUGAUCAGUGCUGGUGAGGGUGAAGUUCUUCGAGACGCAAUUAUCCAGUACUUCAAGAAGUUGGAAAAGCAUCACAAAGAUGCGAAGUUAUUCGUCGAGGAACACGGAAUUCAUGACGAUCUCCUCAUGAAAUUUCUCGUAGGCGACAGAGAUUUGGGCAAAUUGGCGCCAUUCCUCGUCAACUGGCUAGAUGAAGGAUUCUCGACGUAG